AAUGUGCAGCGCAAACUGUCAGGUAUGCAAUCAGACCAAUGGCGGAUGCUUGUCGUGUCGAUCAAUUGACAAGUUUGGUUUCAUGUGUGAUAUUGAAUGCAGCAAACAUUGUCUCAACACGUCGUGUUCAAUAAGUGGCGACUGCAACCUCGGAUGUACUCUAAACUUCUACGGCAAGAAGUGCGAAACUCCGUGUCCAGAAAACUGUAAUGACGUCGUGACAGGGUCACGGUGCUCGCAGGAAAACGGCGUUUGCAAGCAUGGGGUAAGAGAUGAAACGACAUCGGAAACUUCACGCGACUCCGGUGGUCAAACAGCAGGAAUAGUUGGUGGAGUUGCAGCCAUUGUUAUUGUUGGAUUGAUUCUUACUGGAGUGCUGAUUUACGUUCGCACAAGACGAAAUAAACGGUCCCAAUCUUCAGAAUAUGAAACAACUCAGGUGGGUUCAAAUCAAGCUUCGGAUCUUCAUUUAUAUGCUGGACUCAACGAACGCGGAAAUGAAUAG